UAAAAAGUCGACGGCGCGGAGGAGAAAACACUAUCAAGAAGCAGAGGAAGGAGGGUACAGAGAGUAUGACUGACACCGAGGCGCACAGCCCCCCUCCGCCGUCACCGGCACCGCCAUCCUCGGUUCCAUCGGCAGAAGACAAGCCGCUCACUGAGAGAAAAGUCCUUGCCACUUUGGUGCAGGGCACGGUGAAGUGGUUCAACGUGCGUAACGGUUACGGCUUCAUCAACAGGAAUGACACGAAAGAAGAUGUGUUUGUCCAUCAGACCGCUAUCAAGAAGAACAACCCUCGGAAGUUUCUACGCAGUGUAGGAGAUGGAGAAGUGGUGGAGUUUGAUGUCAUUGAGGCGACAAAGGGUUCAGAAGCGGCCAACGUGACUGGUCCCGGUGGCGUGCCGGUCAAGGGCAGCCGCUACGCUCCCAACAAACGUCGCUUCCGUCGGCGGCUCUUCCCCCGCAGCCCCUGGCCCGGCGACCAGGCCAAGGUGGUGGAUGGCCAGGCCCCCCCCGGCGGCGGCGGCGGCGAGGACGAGGAGGCAGGAUCAGGGGAGAACGGAAGACCUCGAACGCAACGUCGCAGACCUCGCCGACCGCUCCCAGAAGCACAAAAUGGGGAAGCGGGUGAAACAAAAAUUGAAGGCGAACAAACUCAAAGACCCCAGCGGCGUCGAUUCUGGAGGCCAUAUCGACGACCGUUCCGUGCACGUCCCGUGUUGGAACAGACAGAUGUCCCUACGACUCCGCCUCCUCCGGCGUCAUCGGAUGAGCAUGCGGAAUCUUCCCAGACGAACGACGAAGACGCCAAAGAUCGUCGUCAAACGAGACGCCGUCGGCUAAGGAACUCUGAGUCUUCAGCUUCUAAAAACGGUACCGAAAAGUUGCCUUCAGACCCCGGCACCCCCCCGCAGAUAUCAAAGUCAGCCGAAUUGAAGUUGAAAUCCCCGAAACGAUCUCCCAAAACGCCAAAAUCACCAGAAGCAGCCACCACCACCGCAACUGUUCCGGCACCGACGGAGUGAUGAUCCCAAGCGGGAUCAUGUGACCCAUGGGAAGAGGUUCCAGGGUUGAAGGGGCUGGCCUUAUUUUGAGAACACGGCACGUGUCUCCCCUCCUUGCACUCCCCCAUCCUCAACCCCACCACCCCCUGUUGAGUUUCCAGGCGACACGGGUGGGGCGGGGUGUGCAUUUACAUAAAAAAAUCUUUAAAAGGGAAAGAAAAUCAUAUGCACCAAACAGAUGCUUGUUCCUGUCCCCCUAUUUAAAUAUUCAUUUCCUUCAAUGCAUCAAGUAGCAACUAGAGGCUUGAUUUUUAUUUCACUUUUUAAAUUUUGUUUAAAAAAAAAAAAAAAACCCUGUGGGGACAAGGGACAGAGCAGGUGCAUUUAAAGGGCUUGGAUUAGUUCUUACCACCGCCCGACUUUACUUUUUUACUUAUUUGUGGGUAUUUUUUUUUCUUUAUAUGGAGGGGAUUAUGUGCAAUGACUGAACAAUGUGAAUAAA